AUGUCCCGAGUUUAUGUCUCAACCCAGGAAUAUUCCGAGGACAGUAACUCAGAGCCAAACGUCGACUUGGAGAACCAGUACUACAACUCCAAAGCACUGAAGGAGGAUGAACCCAAAGCAGCUCUCAGCAGCUUCCAGAAGGUGGGUACUGGCUACUCACUCCACUCACUCACUCACAUAUUGAUGAAUGUAUGAUAUAAUGUAUACUCUCCAUUGGCAGGUAUUGGAGCUGGAGGGAGAGAAGGGAGAAUGGGGGUUCAAAGCCCUAAAACAGAUGAUCAAAAUCAACUUCAAGCUGGUAAGAAAUUAAACGUGCUGUAGCGUUAUCUCAAUGUCAACUCUCUGUCUCUAAGUCCAUAUGAUUAGUGCUUGUGAGUUUUUUUCUUUUCUUUACGGCAUACUGUCAUUCCCACUACAACUUAACUCAAUGCCCUAUCUCCUGGUAAACUGUGUGUGUCCUGCAGACCAACUUCCCAGAGAUGAUGUCUCGGUACAAGCAGCUGUUGACGUACAUCAGGAGCGCUGUGACCAGAAACUACUCAGAGAAAUCCAUCAACUCCAUCUUAGACUACAUCUCCACCUCCAAACAGGUAUAGACACAAUACCUGGAACUAGAACAAAGAUCAGAACUUUAUUUUGGCUCAAAUCUCAAGUUAUGUGAACUGUUUGUUCUUGAUGACUGGGGUGUUAAAUGUGGGCUGUGGUUUCAUGUUCUAGAUGACUGAGGUGUUAAUGUGGGCUGUGGUUCAUGUUCUAGAUGACUGGGGUGUUUAAUGUGGGCUGUGGUUCAUGUUCUAGAUGACUGGGGUGUUAAUGUGGGCUGUGGUUCAUGUUCUAGAUGACUGGGGUGUUAAUGUGGGCUGUGGUUCAUGUUCUAGAUGACUGGGGUGUUAAUGUGGGCUGUGGUUCAUGUUCUAGAUGACUGAGGUGUUAAUGUGGGCUGUGGUUCAUGUUCUAGAUGACUGGGGUGUUAAUGUGGGCUGUGGUUCAUGUUCUAGAUGACUGGGGUGUUAAUGUGGGCUGUGGUUCAUGUUCUAGAUGACUGGGGUGUUAAUGUGGGCUGUGGUUCCAUGUUCUAGAUGACUGGGGUGUUAAUGUGGGCUGUGGUUCAUGUUCUAGAUGACUGAGGUGUUAAUGUGGGCUGUGGUUCAUGUUCUAGAUGACUGGGGUGUUAAUGUGGGCUGUGGUUCCAUGUUCUAGAUGACUGAGGUGUUAAAUGUGGGUUGUGGUUGGUUGUUUUAUGUGUCACAGAUGGACCUGCUGCAGGAGUUUUAUGAAACGACUCUGGACGCUCUGAAGGACGCCAAGAACGACAGACUCUGGUUCAAAACCAACACAAAGGUAGGGUGUGUCCCAUUAAUAUUACCUUUUUCCUAAAGUGUGCACUCGGUCACUACUUACAAUAAAAACCUAAAAGCAGUGGAUUGGUGGAGGCAUGGACUAGUAAUUUCUCUCAAAUUAUUGAAGUGAACAAGUGCACACUUUGGGAGAAAGGGGAGAUAAUUGGGACAUAUGCAUGUAGUACACAAUGUUUCUGUUUAUUUCUAUGGGUAGGACAAUAUCUGACCUGUCAGUUUCAGACCUCUGUGUUUGGGAGUUUUUACCUCUGCAAUGCCCUAGACUCGUAGCCAGAUCUGUUUGUGUUAAAUUAUUUGCCAAACAACAUCGUAAAGCCCUUUUUUAGUGAUAGCACAAACAUAUAAGUUGUUGUUUUGUCUCUCAGCCUGUUUUAACUGAAGUCCUCUUGUUGUCUCUCAGCCUGUUUUAACUGAAGUCCUCUUGUUGUCUCUCAGCCUGUUUUAACUGGUCCUGUUGUUGUGUUUCAGCUGGGCAAGCUGUACCUGGAGAGGGAGGAGUUUGGGAAGUUACAGAAGAUCCUCAGACAGCUGCACCAGUCCUGUCAGGUACAGUAAGACAGGUGGUAGUCUGAGACAACGUUUAGUCGGAUGGGGUUUACACAGCCAUCUGAGGUUAGGAGUGAUCCACAGUAGCCAACUUCCAAGUUCCCAAUAUGGCUGCUAGCAGUAUUUUUUGUUGUUGUUGUAUACUAGUAUGAUCUGUUAUGUUGUAUAUCUAUCUGCACUGCAGACAGAUUAUGUUAGAGAUCUAUGGUCUGUUAUGUGUAUAUCUGAUCUGUUAUGCUCUAUAUCUAUGUGCACUGCAGACAGACGAUGUUGAAGAUCUGUGGUCUGUUAUGUGUAUAUGAUCUGUAAUGUUGUAUAUCUAUGUCUCUCUCUAGACAGAUGACGGGGAGGACGACCUAAAGAAAGGCACCCAGCUCCUGGAGAUCUAUGCUCUGGAGAUCCAGAUGUACACAACCCAGAAGAACAACAAGAAGCUGAAGGCCCUGUAUGAACAGUCCCUGCACAUCAAGUCUGCUAUCCCUCACCCACUCAUCAUGGGAGUCAUCAGGGGUGAGUGUUACCACCGUAGAAUUAGGAACCCCUGAAGGCAGGAUAGCUGUCAACAGUAUCUAUUACAUGUAUUGCAUCGGAGCCACACACACAGUGGUACACAUUGAAUAAAUAGAAAAUGACCAUAGAAAUAGAAUCCUCCUUAGAAUAGUAAUUCUAUAGUUAGGACUUGUAAACUGACCUGUAGGGAGUCUCAGGGAGAUUUGCCACUAUCGAGGCGAGACCCUGAAAGAGUCACAGACAAGUACUGUACCUUUUUACAAUUGGAGGAUAAAAUCGCUAAUAUGGUAAAAAGGUGUGUGUGUGUCACUGCGUGUGUUUAUGUGAUGUAGUAACAGGCCUGUUCUUGUUUGGUCCCCUUCCCCAGAGUGUGGGGGUAAGAUGCACCUGAGAGAGGGGGAGUUUGAGAAGGCCCACACAGACUUCUUUGAGGCGUUUAAGAACUACGAUGAGUCAGGCAGCCCCAGGAGAACCACCUGUCUGAAGUACCUGGUGCUGGCCAACAUGCUCAUGAAGUCUGGAAUCAACCCAUUCGACUCACAGGAGGUACAACCCUCAUUCAGUCAGUUCAGUUUAGUUAAGUCCAGUUGAAUUCCAUUUUAUUUAUCCCCUUAGAGCAAUUACUAACAUUAUCACUGACAUUAUGGGAAAAAUAUCUGCAUCUGAUUUAUAUUGGAAAAUAUUACUAAUCAGAUUCAGGGCAAGUCUAUUUUUAUGAUUAUCUGAUAUUGUUAUAUUUAUACAUUGUUUAUUUCACAACUCCAUAGCAACACGUGGUGGUUGCAUCACGCACCUUUAUAUUGUUGGCGGCAACAACAUUGCAUUAAUGGUAUUCAAAUCACCUGCAGCAAACACUGCUUGAUAAAGUGUUGUAUUACAGUGGCUGUUCUUAUUGUGUUUUUCUGUGACAGGCCAAACCUUAUAAAAACGACCCAGAGAUCUUGGCCAUGACAAAUCUAGUAAGGUAAGAACACGUGUGCUUCUGGGUCAUCCAUGGUGGUGUUGGUGAUAUUUUAGGGUAGAAAGCCAUGGCAUCAGUUAAACGAUAUCUUCACUAUUUACAACCUAUUUCCACUUAUUUGUGUAGUGUUGUCAGUCGACCCAAACUGUUAUUGUUUUACAUCACAUACAGUGGGGAGAACAAGUAUUUGAUACACUGCCGAUUUUGCAGGUUUUCCUACUUACAAAGCAUGUAGAGGUCUGUCAUUUUUAUCAUAGGUACACUUCAACUGUGAGAGACGGAAUCUAAAACAAAAAUCCAGAAAAUCACAUUGUAUGAUUUUUAAGUAAUUAAUUUGCAUUUUAUUGCAUGACAUAAGUAUUUGAUACAUCAGAAAAGCAGAACUUAAUAUUUGGUACAGAAACCUUUGUUUGCAAUUACAGAGAUCAUACAUUUCCUGUAGGUCUUGACCAGGUUUGCACACACUGCAGCAGGGAUUUUGGCCCACUCCUCCAUACAGACCUUCUCCAGAUCCUUCAGGUUUCGGGGCUGUCGCUGGGCAAUACGGACUUUCAGCUCCCUCCAAAGAUUUUCUAUUGGGUUCAGGUCUGGAGAUUGGCUAGGCCACUCCAGGACCUUGAGAUGCUUCUUACGGAGCCACUCCUUAGUUGCCCUGGCUGUAUGUUUCGGGUCGUUGUCAUGCUGGAAGACCCAGCCACGACCCAUCUUCAAUGCUCUUACUGAGGGAAGGAGGUUGUUGGCCAAGAUCUCGCGAUACAUGGCCCCAUCCAUCCUCCCCUCAAUACGGUGCAGUCGUCCUGUCCCCUUUGCAGAAAAGCAUCCCCAAAGAAUGAUGUUUCCACCUCCAUGCUUCACGGUUGGGAUGGUGUUCUUGGGGUUGUACUCAUCCUUCUUCUUCCUCCAAACACGGCGAGUGGAGAUUAGACCAAAAAGCUCUAUUUUUGUCUUUUCAGACCACAUGACCUUCUCCCAUUCCUUCUCUGGAUCAUCCAGAUGGUCAUUGGCAAACUUCAGACGGGCCUGGACAUGCGCUGGCUUGAGCAGGGGGACCUUGCGUGCGCUGCAGGAUUUUAAUCCAUGACAGCGUAGUGUGUUACUAAUGGUUUUCUUUGAGACUGUGGUCCCAGCUCUCUUCAGGUCAUUGACCAGGUCCUGCCGUGUAGUUCUGGGCUGAUCCCUCACCUUCCUCAUGAUCAUUGAUGCCCCACGAGGUGAGAUCUUGCAUGGAGCCCCAGACCGAGGGUGAUUGACCGUCAUCUUGAACUUCUUCCAUUUUCUAAUAAUUGCGCCAACAGUUGUUGCCUUCUCACCAAGCUGCUUGCCUAUUGUCCUGUAGCCCAUCCCAGCCUUGUGCAGGUCUACAAUUGUAUCCCUGAUGUCCUUACACAGCUCUCUGGUCUUGGCCAUUGUGGAGAGGUUGGAGUCUGUUUGAUUGAGUAAUAAUAAUAUGCCAUUUAGCAGACGCUUUUAUCCAAAGCGACUGAGUGUGUGGACAGGUGUCUUUUAUACAGGUAAUGAGUUCAAACAGGUGCAGUUAAUACAGGUAAUGAGUGGAGAACAGGAGGGCUUCUUAAAGAAAAACUAACAGGUCUGUGAGAGCCGGAAUUCUUACUGGUUGGUAGGUGAUCAAAUACUUAUGUCAUGCAAUAAAAUGCAAAUUAAUUACUUAAAAAUCAUACAAUGUGAUUUUCUGGAUUUUUGUUUUAGAUUCCGUCUCUCACAGUUGAAGUGUACCUAUGAUAAAAAUUACAGACCUCUACAUGCUUUGUAAGUAGGAAAAUCUGCAAAAUCGGCAGUGUAUCAAAUACUUGUUCUCCCCACUGUAUAAGUGGUUAAUAGAUAGAGGUGUAACAUAGUGAAGAUAUCCUUUAACCAUGGGUUCAGCUGUGUGGUGUCUCUUCAACCUAAUUUAUGGUCAAUCUGGCAUCCAUGACACAGAGGGUCUGCUCUACGAUUAUGAUGCAAUUGCAGAAGUAAAUGGAAGUGUGCAUAGGCUGUGGCUCCGUACACCUCUCAAAAUGUGAAACAACGCAGAGGCCUCCGUGAGCUCGGUGUUUGACUCACAAACGAUGACUGGUUGAUAGGUGAGUUGGGGCAGUUGUUUCUGGUAUCUCUGCUCUGAACAGCGUGAGAAGCAUAAAUGCCCUACCGUUCACGGGCUCCGCAUUCGUUAACACAGCGGAUGCCGGAUUGAAUGGCAUCGACCAUAAAAAGCACCUUCGAGGCCAUUUGCUCUUUAGCUCUGGUCUCCUCCCUUAUUCUAUUCACACUCUCUUAGGUCAUAAAACAGGCGGUGGCUAAAAUAGGACUCCAACUGUUUCCUUCCAUGCAUUUGAACUUUGUUGUUAUGUAAACAGACAAUUUUAAACACACCCAGAACUGUAGAAAAGAAUAGAUUGUUGAUGUUGAAAAGGCUAAUAUUUAGAAAUGUGUUUUAGUGGGAUAGUGGAGCUGUGGUGGUGUUGUGGUUGGAUGAAGACAAUAUAUGGAUGUAUGGAUUAUUAUAUCAUGAUGUUAUGGAUUAUUAUAUCAUUAUUCUAUGGAUCAUUGUCAUUAUUCUAUGGAUUAUUAUAUCAUUAUUCUAUGGAUCAUUGUCAUUAUUCUAUGGAUUAUUAUAUCAUGAUUCUAUGGAUUAUUAUAUCAUUAUUCUAUGGAUCAUUGUCAUUAUUCUAUGGAUUAUUAUAUCAUGAUUUUAUGGAUUAUUAUAUCAUUAUUCUAUGGAUCAUUGUCAUUAUUCUAUGGAUUAUUAUAUCAUGAUUCUAUGGAUUAUUAUAUCAUGAUUCUAUGGAUUAUUAUAUCAUGAUUCUAUGGAUUAUUAUAUAAUUAUUUUAUGGAUUAUUAUAUCAUGAUUUUAUGGAUCAUUGUCAUUAUUCUAUGGAUUAUUAUAUCAUUAUUCUAUGGAUUAUUAUAUCAUUAUUUUAUGGAUUAUUAUAUCAUUAUUCUAACCCAGUGACUGUUCUACUGUUGUGUGUCUGCUCCCAGCUCCUAUCAGAAUAAUGACAUCACAGAGUUUGAGAAGAUACUGAAAACCAACCAUAGUAGUAUCAUGGACGACCCCUUCAUCAGAGAACACAUCGAGGGUAAGUAGUGUUUGUGUGUGCAUGUGUGUGCUUGUAUAUAAACUCAGCAAAAAAAGAAAUGUCCUCUCACUGUCAACUGCGUUUAUUUUCAGCAAACCUAACAUGUGUAAAUAUUUGUAUGAACAUAACAACAUUCAACAACUGCGACAUAAACAGAACAAGUUCCACAGACAUGUGACUAACAGAAAUGGAAUAAUGUGUCCCUGAACAAAGGGGGGGUCAAAAUCAAAAGUAACAGUCAGUAUCUGGUGUGGCCACCAGCUGCAUUAAGUACUGCAGUGCAUCUCCUCCUCAUGGACUGCACCAGAUUUUCCAGUUCUUGCUGUGAGAUGUUACCCCACUCUUCCACCAAGGCACCUGCAAGUUCCCAGACAUUUCUGGGGGGAAUGCCCUAGCCCUCACCCUCCGAUCCAACAGGUCCCAGACGUGCUCAAUGGGAUUGAGAUCCGGGCUCUUCGCUUGCCAUGGCAGAACACUGACAUUCCUGUCUUGCAGGAAAUCACGCACAGAACGAGCAGUAUGGCUGGUGGCAUUGUCAUGCUGGAGGGUCAUGUCAGGAUGAGCCUGCAGGAAGGGUACCACAUGAGGGAGGAGGAUGUCUUCCCUGUAACGCACAGCGUUGAGAUUGCCUGCAAUGACAAGCUCAGUCCGAUGAUGCUAUGACACACUGCCCCAGACCAUGACAGACCCUCCACCUCCAAAUCGAUCUCGCUCCAGAGUACAGGCCUCGGUGUAACGCUCAUUCCUUCGACGAUAAACGCAAAUCCGACCAUCACCCCUGGUGAGACAAAACUGCGACUCGUCAGUGAAGAGCACUUUUUGCCAGUCCUGUCUGGUCCAGCGACGGUGGGUUUGUGCCCAUAGGCGACGUUGUUGCCGGUGAUGUCUGGUGAGGACCUGCCUUACAACAGGCCUACAAGCCCUCAGUCCAGCCUCUCUCAGCCUAUUGUGGACAGUCUGAGCACUGAUGGAGGGAUUGUGCGUUCCUUGUGUAACUCGGGCAGUUGUUGUUGCCAUCCUGUACCUGUCCCGCAGGUGUGAUGUUCGGAUGUACCGAUCCUGUGCAGGUGUUGUUACACGUGGUCUGCCACUGCGAGGACGAUCAGCUGUCAGUCCUGUUUCCCUGUAGCGCUGUCUUAGGCGUCUCACAGUACGGACAUUGCAAUUUUAUUGCUCUGGCCACAUCAGCAGUCCUCAUGCCUCCUUGGAGCAUGCCUAAGGCACGUUCACGCAGAUGAGCAGGGACCCUGGGCAUCUUUCUUUUGGUGUUUUUCAGAGUCAGUAGAAAGGCCUCUUUAGUGUCCUAAGUUUUCAUAACUGUGACCUUAAUUGCCUACCGUCUGUAAGCUGUUAGUGUCUUAACGACCGUUCCACAGGUGCAUGUUCAUUAAUUGUUUAUGGUUCAUUGAACAAGCAUGGGAAACAGUGUUUAAACCCUUUACAAUGAAGAUCUGUGAAGUUAUGCGUGUGUGGGCUUUCUCAUAUCUGUUGAUGAACGAGACAUGGAAGUGUGGCAUUGAAGACGAGGUUUCAACAAACUUGAGACAAAAUGUACCAGUAGCUGCAUAUUGAGAUGGUGUGUGUGUUCUGGUAGAUGGUGUGUGUGUUCUGGUAGAUGGUGUGUGUGUUCUGGUAGAUGGUGUGUGUGUUCUGGUAGAUGUUCUGGUAGAUGGUGUGUGUGUUCUGGUAGAUGGUGUGUGUGUUCUGGUAGAUGGUGUGUGUGUUCUGGUAGAUGGUGUGUGUGUUCUGGUAGAUGUGUGUGUGUGUGUUCUGGUAGAUGGUGUGUGUGUUCUGGUAGAUGUUCUGGUAGAUGGUGUGUGUGUUCUGGUAGAUGUUCUGGUAGAUGGUGUGUGUGUUCUGGUAGAUGGUGUGUGUGUUCUGGUAGAUGUUCUGGUAGAUGGUGUGUGUGUUCUGGUAGAUGUUCUGGUAGAUGGUGUGUGUGUUCUGGUAGAUGUUCUGGUAGAUGGUGUGUGUGUUCUGGUAGAUGUGUGUGUGUGUGUUCUGGUAGAUGUGUGUGUGUGUUCUGGUAGAUGUGUGUGUCUGAAGAGACUUUGAUCAGUGCUGUGUUGUCUUAUUUUCCAGAGCUGCUGCGGAACAUCAGAACCCAGGUCCUUAUCGCGCUCAUCAAACCUUACACGAGAAUACACAUCCCAUUCAUCUCUAAGGUAAGUCUGAGGACAGCACUGGCUUCUGGACUAACUAGCCUGGUCCCAGAUCUGUUUGUGCUGUUUUGCCAACUCCCAUGGUCAUUGGCGUGAUGAAUUUUACAAUAAGAGUUGGUAAGACAGCACAAACAGAUCUGAGACCAGGCUAGAGUUAAUCAUUGACUUCACUGUGUGUAUUGAUAAUGUAUCCGAUAAUGAACUUUGCUGAGUAGAUUGAUAAUGUAUUUAUUAGGUAAUUGAUGUUGCUGUUUGAAUUGAUUGUAGUGUAACACCCUGUGUUCUGUCUUCUCUGCCUCAGGAGCUGAACAUAGAUGUUUGUGACGUGGAGAGUUUGUUGGUGCAGUGCAUAUUGGACAAGUAAGUUUGUUCUAGACAUGCAUCUGAUGUGUGGCCCAAACUACCAUUUAGGAGUGUAGAGGAAGAAAAUAAUACUUUAUGAUCUGUUAGGAAAUGUCCUUUGCAUCAAACAGGCAAUUUUGGACCAUUCCUCUUUACAAAACAGUUUCAGUUCAGCAAUAUUCUUGGUACGUCUGGUGUGAACCGCUCUCUUGAGGUCAUGCCACAGCAUCUCAAUCGGGUUGAGGUCAGGACUCUGACUGGGCCACUCCAGAAGGCGUAUUUUCUUCUGUUGAAGCCAUUCUGUUGUUGAUUUAGCUCUGUGUUUUGGGUCGUUGUCCUGUUGCAUCACCCAACUUCUGUUGAGCUUCAAUUGGCGGACAUAUAGCCUUACAUUCUCCUGCAAAAUGUCUUGAUAAACUUGGGAAUUAAAUUUUUCGGCGAUGAUAUCAAGCUGUCCAGGUCCUGAGGCAGCAAAGCAGCCCCAAACCAUGAUGCUCCCUCCACCAUACUUUACAGUUGGGAUGAGGUUUUGAUGUUGGUGUGCUGUGCUGUGCUGUGCCUUUUUUUCUCCACACAUAGUGUUGUGUGUUCCUUCCAAACAACUCAACUUUAGUUUAAUCUGUCCACAGAAUAUUUUGCCAGUAGCACUGUGGAACAUCCAGGUGCUCUUUUGCGAACUUCAGAUGUGCAGCAAUGUUUUUUUUGGACAGCAGUGGCUUUUUAAUGCAUUCAAUAAAUUAUUAUUACAGUCUUACCGUUGUCAUUGUAGGAGUGGACACAUUGUUUGCAGAGCGCACAACCUAGGCUACACUAAACAAGUUUAGGUUUAUUUCCAUUCUAUUUACGAGUUAUUCAUUUUCUUUUGUUUGGAGCGCUCCUGUCAAUCUUGAGUAAGGAGACGCACAGAAGCAGGCCUAGGAUACCUGGCCUGCGCGCAAAUGUAGGCUUAUAAAUGUGCCCAUUUGGGGAUCUGAUUAGUAUUUCUGAUUGUCUUAACUCACCAUCACUGUGGAGCUCAAAGUAAUUUUUUCUUCGCCUUAAACAGCAAGUAAACAAAGCCUGUUUUUACAUCCAUUGAGAAUGAAAAUAGUUCCUCAACGUAGCCUAUUUAAAAAAUAUUUCCAGCUCUCUCCCUUUCAAGUACCACUCGGCAUGAAAGGGGGAAAAAAUGUCAUGCUCUGAUCCAGUGGAAACGUCAUAAAGAAAGGCCUACCUGAUUACUUCUUAUGUGAUUUUAUAGGAUAUUUCUUUUUAUCAGGAUAUUUUCUACCUGCAGGCUGCAGUGUUUUUAUUUAUAGGCUUUAUGUAGGCUAUUUUUACAUAGAUGGCAAUGGCAAUAGAAGUUACUUUUUCAUUUGGAUAGAACAUUGAUUUUGAGAUAUGAAGACUUUAUUAUAAAUGGAAUUAAACUGUUCCACGAAAUGUGCAUCUGAAAAUCAUAACUGGCACGCAGAUCAGUAGAAAUGGUACGAUAACUUGCCACUUCAAAUGGAAAAGGUUGCCGACCGUUGGUGUAACCUAUUACCGGCAUUUUCAGGAGCCUGACGGCAGAAGCUGUGAAGGCCAGCAGCAGCGGGAAGAGGAGGGUCUGGUUGGGAACAUGUUUUUUUCUUCUGUUUAGGCUAUAUUGAUCUCUGGCUCCCUCAUUUUACAUUUACAUUUUAGUAAUUUAGCAGACGCUCUUAUCCAGAGCGACUUACAGGAGCAAUUAGGGUUAAGUGCCUUGCUCAAGGGCACAUCGACAGAUUUUUCACCUAGUCGGCUCAGGAUUAGAACCAGCGACCUUUCGGUUACUGCCACAACGCUCUUAACCACUAAGCUACCUGCCGCCCUCCUUUGGUAAUUUGUGUCUUCAUUUUUAAUCGCAGUGCUUUAAGCUUCAGACAUGCUCAGUAGCCUAUAUAUGUAUGUAUGUAUGUAUGUAUGUAUGUAUGUAUGUAUGUAUGUAUAUAUAUAUAUAUAUAGUUGAUUUUAUUCAAAUAAAGGAUGUCUAUAAAUUGAAGAAUACACGUUUUAAAAUUUCGACCAAUCGCUUGGUCGAAAGAACAAACAACUCUUUUUUUUGGGGGGGGGGGGGACAGCAAGUAUACUCAGUGUAUAGUGUACAUGAUCAACAUGGCUGACACAGAGACAUCACAAGAUGACGCACGAAGCAGAGCAUGUUUCUUGUGCAUGUGUAUUAAGACAUGUUUCCUGUACGGGAAUAAUUACAAUUCCUCUUUUCAGUUCCUCAUUGUUUCCACAUUGCACCCUGAGGAAUGCAGGAGGCCAGCAUGAGUCUGUCUCCCUCCCUCUCCUCUCUCUCUCUCUGUUUGUGUUAUUCCUCCCUGAGUGCCCUGCUUAGUUUACUGUAGAUCUGUAAUUGAUUACUGGUUUCAUUAUUUAGUUUAGAAGUAGUGUACACAUGCACAUCCAGUAACUUGCAGGCUACAAAAAGUAAACUGAUGAAAGAAAGAAAGAUACCUGCAAACUGUUAAUUGUUCCCGCAGUUUUAUUGUGCAACGUUUUGACCCAAAGGUCCUUGUCAGCCAGAUGAAGACCUUUGGGUCAAAACGUUGGGCAAAUAAAACUUUGGGAGAAAUCAACAGUUUGCGGGUAUCUAUCUAUCUUUCUUUCAUGGCUUUAUUAUUUCCCAUGCUACUAUAGCAGACUGCUGUAUAUUGGAUUGUUUACUGCCCUCAGCCAGAUCAGAUCUACAGCCAGUCAACUGGAACAAUAGAUUUACAUUUUACACUGCAUUCCCACCGUCGUCACAGAGCUCAACAGAAACAGAAUAUGUAGUGUAUGUAGUGGAAUGUGGAGGUGGUGGAAUGUUUUAUCAGACAGCGUAGUGUAGAUAUGUGAUAAUUGGUUGUGAGAGUACACACAUCAGUGGUUAAGGAGCUGGAUGGAAACCAAACCGGGAAACAAGUUAAACAAUGACUGCAACUCAAAUGCUACCCACAGUGAUUAGUGUCAUUUGAACCAUAAUUGAAGCAAAUAUUGAUAUGUUGUUGAUCCCAUUUUUAUAUAGAAAUGCAUUGUUUUAUACAAUAUUGGAAAAACAUGCUUAGUCAUGUUGCUAGGAUGCCAACGUCCAUUCUAGUGUUGUAAUUAUUUCUUUGUUUGAACCAUUGUUCUCUGAUCACUGUGUUGUGCUGUGGUUCCCUCCCUGUAGCACCAUCCAAGGCCGUAUCGACCAGGUUAACCAGCUGUUGGAGCUAGACUACCAGAAGAGAGGAGGGGCGCGCUACACUGCCCUAGACAAAUGGACUAAACAACUCAACUCUCUCAACCAAGCCAUCGUCAGCAAACUCACAUGAUUCUGACUGACGUGACAACGGACAGCACUGAAAGACAGGAAGGAGAAUCUCAAUAAAUUGUUCCAAUGUGUCAGUAUAAACCAAACCAUCCAGUGCUACUGUGGGUGGAUGGGCUGAGCGGAGUGGAGCUACACAGCAGCACAGAGAUGUUCUGUGAUCUGCCACUGCAUUUUCCAGAGAGAGAGAAGAGAUACUGCUUUCUAGAAGACAUCAGUACUCUCUAAGGGACAUCUCAGUUUACUUCAAGCCCCUCGUGUUUGUUUUUCAAAAGACUUUAAUAGAAUGGUUCUAAGAAAUAUCACUGUCACCACACCUUUUUAAAAGUGCUUUAUCUUUUGGGACAGGCAGUUUGAGUACAAUAACACAAUGGUUUAUUUGUGCAUGUUGACUGGCACCUGGUGUUGGGCAAACUUUUUCACAACAUGUAGCUGCAGCAUUGAACGCAUGUUGUGAAUAAAAAACAAUGUUCUCCAUCUGUGUUUACUGUAUAUGACAUUUCAAUGUAGGUCUUCUAGAUAUCGUCUAGUUUAUAGCGCUCAUGCUAUCUGUAUUAUUUGUAAAUAUCUGUAUUAUUUGGUAGAUGCAACAGACUCCAGUUCUUCUGAAAUGUUAGUCAAUUGUUUGUGUGCAGAAACGUAUUUUCAAUGGAUAGAUUCACUGCCAUCACUGAAAAUGUAUGUCAUCCAUCACAUUGCAAGCAGAACAGUAGAGAAGUAGAAAUCUGUUUGAAUUAUAAUUAAGUUGAUUCGGUGUUGUAGGCUAGACAUAGCUGCUCUGCUCUAAAAAUAUCUACUUCUUGCACAGUAGGCCUAUUUAUCAUUGUCCAUCAAAUCUUAUCAGUGACAGACGCCGAAGGCAAAGAUGAAGACUUUUUGAGCCUGUGGGCGUUCCGUCUCUUCUGCUGUUCCAUUUCUACGUUGACACAUUCAGAGCUAGCAAAGCUAGCUAGGCAGCAAUAGUUCAACUAGGCAGAGGUAGGAACAGGGUGUGUUUCACACAAAUGGCUCAACAUUUACAAUGAAGAACAUUAAAUCACCUAUAUCUUGACGACCACUGCAUGCUCAAUGACGGUCUGCCGCGGUCUCAGCGAUUGACAUGGACUCUUGUGACAAGGUAAACGGAUUUUCUCUGCGAAGUAAUGACGGACCCGAUUAUGUCUGGUUACAUGGUACAACUAGCAUUAGUUAGCUAAUGGGAAUAUGAAGCAAGCUAGCUAGGCCCAAAACGUAUCUGCAGGAAAUCAUUUCCCUUUCAUGUUUUAGAAAUGUUUACCCGAUGUUUGAUUAUUGUCAAUGAUUUGAUUUGUCAUCUAACUAGAUCGCUACGCUAGCUAGGCAAGCGUGCAAGUAAAGACAAGUGAACUAGCUAACUGGUUAACUAGCCAGUUAGCUAAGCAGGUUCUAUGCGCUUGUCAUUUUUGGAUGGACAAUCUCACAUCUAAUCUGUUCUCCCAGAUUUGCUGAUCUAUGAACUAGAUAUGUUUUAAUUGAAGCUAACUAUAUUGAGUAUCUCGUCAAACAAGCUAUCUAAAUAAAGUAGUUACAAUACCUAUACUGUCACAAUGUUUUGACAUUACAAUUGCCGUUCAUGUCAACAUCGGUUGACAAUACCGACUUAGUUAGCUCUCUGGGGGAGCUUUGAUGUUUGACCCACUGUUAAAUAAUUAGCUAGAUAGUUAGCUAAAUAGUAUAACACGGACCAGGGUAAGUUAACUAGCUAGGUAGUGAACAGUUACCCGAAACUUCCCAGUGUGUGGUAUAUUGUUGACAACUACCUAGCCAGCUGGCCUGCUCUGGAGGAAUAUCCGGUUCUUCUGCAUUUUAAUCACAUUCCAGUGAGUGACUCCUGCUGCGCAUAGAGUAACUUAACUAUGAUUCAAGUUAGCUACUCUAUUAUGUGGUCUGACUUACUGUAAGUCCCCGGAUGAAGCCCUCUGCUCCUGUGUCACUAUCAGACCAUCUCAGGGUGUUCAUUCUGAGCGUUGUUUGCUGUACUGAUGUAGCAUUGCAUUGCAAUGUAUUGAUUCAUAAAAGCAGAUGCCACAUAGGCUGAGUUUUGGUCCACAUGAUGUGAUGAUGGUGCAUGGGCGAUUCAAGGACCCAAGAUGAUUUCAUGCUUGUGACUUUAAUAUAUUUUUGUAAAUAAUAAUAUAAUAAUAAUAUGCCAUUUAGCAGACGCUUUUAUCCAAAGCGACUUAGUCAUGUGUGCAUACAUUUUUACGUAUGGGUGGUCCCGGGGAUCGAACCCACUACCCUGGCGUUACAAGCGCCAUGCUCUACUAAUUGAGCUACAUAGGACCACCCAUAAAUGUAGUGUACAUGCACACUCUCUCGCUCUCGCUCAGCCACAAUCUCUCCCCCUUCCACCACUGUCUACUGCGCCCUCUCUUGCCCCCUCCCAUUCAACAACAGUAAAAGAACAAUACAACUUCUCUCUUUCCAGCUGAGAAUGUUAGAAGACAAUGAAUCAGAGACAAAUGCUUGAAAGGACAAAGGGUUUGAUGGUGUGAUGGUUGAUGGCCCAGUAGUCCCACCAGCCCAGUGCUGCCCUGCCUGUUUCACCACACAUCUGGAGCUGAGCUCAAUGCAUUUACAUGACAUUUGACAUUUUAGUUAUUUAGCAGACGAACUUAUCCAGAGCGAUUUACAGGAGCAAUUAAGGUUAAGUGCCUUGCUCUAGGGCACAUCGAUAGAUUUUUCACCUAGUCGGCUCGGGAUUCGAACCAGUAAACUUUCGGUUACUGGCCUAACCCUCUAACCGCUAGGCUACCUGCCAAUGCCUCUUCCAUAAUUGCUGCUGUUCUCUCUCUUUCUCUCUCCAACACGCAUACACCCCCCUGCAGCCUUUGCCACAAUCGCUGCCAUUCUCACUCACAACCCAGGCGCUAAUCAAUCAAUCACAUACAACUCAGUCUGAACAAACAGCCCACACCUUCACACCAGUGGAAUGGAGAAUGGCGCCCAGAGCUAAAGAACCCAGACCUGGACAGUCAGGGACUCCCUGUCCGAGUCUCCCCCAGCCAGGGCACACAUAUUGGGAGGUUUGGAGUCUCUUUCCCCUGGUGGACUAGGGCUGGAGCCCUAUAGCCAUACUAUGAGUCAUGAUUGACUCUGUUGUAGCUAAUUGUGUAAUUGGCUUAUCCUGGUUGGGCCACCGUCCUCACUCCUCACCUGAUCCUCUCAGGCCUAAUCCUGUAACUGCGUCCCCUGUCACCUAUAGCUAGGCCCACCUCCUGUAACAUCACCUAUAGCUAGCCAGGCCUACCUCCUGUAACAUCACCUAUAGCUAGCUAGGACCACCUCCUGUAACAUGACCUAUAGCUAGCCAGGCCUACCUCCUGUAACAUCACCUAUAGCUAGCUAGGACCACCUCCUGUAACAUGACCUAUAGCUAGCCAGGACCACCUCCUGUAACAUCACCUAUAGCUAGCUAGGACCACCUCCUGUAACAUGACCUAUAGCUAGCCAGGCCUACCUCCUGUAACAUGACCUAUAGCUAGCCAGGCCUACCUCCUGUAACAUGACCUAUAGCUAGCCAGGCCUACCUCCUGUAACAUGACCUAUAGCUAGCCAGGCCUACCUCCUGUAACAUGACCUAUAGCUAGCCAGGCCUACCUCCUGUAACAUCACCUAUAGCUAGCCAGGCCUACCUCCUGUAACAUCACCUAUAGCUAGCCAGGACCACCUCCUGUAACAUCACCUAUAGCUAGCCAGGCCUACCUCCUGUAACAUCCCUCGUACCAAGUAACCAACCCCCCCUUUAGAAUAACUACCCCCUAAAGUUUAAAUUGACCCAUCUCUCCACUAUCAGCAUCCCUUGUCAUCUAAAGUAACACAACCAACCCCUCUGUUUUGUGUAACUAACCUCCCCUGAUCAUCCACAGUAACCAGCCCUCUUUAGAGCAGGCCUAACCAUCAAACUUCAUACGGAAACAAAGCAUGGUUCAUUUAAAAUGUCCGAUUUUUCAUUAGGCUUAAUUCCAUGACAGUAUAUGGCACCAAAGUUUAGGCCACAGUAGGCUGCCGUCUAGUAUACUGCAGGGUAUUGUUUUCAGCUGGCUACGUCACCCCUAGUGCUCUGUGUAGACCAGUCAGGACCCCUGGAUCUAUCAGACAUCAGCCCACACUGCCCACAGACAGUACAGUAGCACUGGGUAACAAUGGCUGUGUGUGUGUGUGUUCACUGCUGUACUGAUGCUGGAUUCAUACAUUCCGACCCUGGCUGGGAGAAUGGAGUGUCUUUGUGUCGUGAACUCUGUCAACUCUCCCUUUCUCUCUACUCUUCCUCUCCUCCUCCCUUCCUCUCCUCCUCUCAGAAUGAAAGGGGGGAUGAGGUUGAUCUAUCCUCUGACUGUAGCUGCCUGCCUCAGUGAUAGGUCUGGACACUAUUGGGCUCUGGUCAAAAGUAGUGCACUAUGUAGGGAAUAGGGUGCCAUUUGGGACUCAUCAGCAAGUCACGAUGUGUUAGCUGGGCAGUAACAUGCUGACUAGACCGGGCACGCGUGUGAUUUUGUCCAUCCACACAAGACACGAUCAGGACACGCAGGUUGAAAUAUCAAACUCUGAACCUAUAUUAAUUUGGGGACAGGUCGAAACGCAUGGCCAUUUAGCUAACUAGCUUGCUGUUGCUAGCUAAUUUGUCCUGGGAUAUUAACAUUGGGUUGUUAUUUUACCUGAAAUGCACAAGGUCCUCUACUCUGACCAUUAAUCCACAGAUAAACCUAGUUAGUUUCUAGUAAUCUCUCCUCCUUCAGUCUUCUUCUUCUUUGAACUUUAUAUGGCGGUUGGCAACCAACUUUAAGGUGCAUUACCACCACCAACUGGACUGGAGUGUGGACCUCAGUUCAUCUUUCAAUCACCCAUGUGGGUAUAUGCUCCUAAAAACCAAUGAGGAGAUGGGAGAGGCGGGACUUGCAGCACGUCAAGCUUCACAAAAAGAACCAAGUUCUAUUUUAGCGCCUGGCUACGCAGACGCUCACGAGCAGUUUGGAUGAAAUGGUUGAAUAACAUGUAUGUGUACAUUUAUUUUGCAACGCGAGCGGUGUGGUCAGCAUGUAAGGCCUGUGAUUCAGUCAACAUGAUGUCAAUGGUCAGUUUUGAUAAGAGGUAAACCUAGAUAAACAGUCCAAUGGUCAUAACUUAGUAGUCAGGCCCAUAUCAGAGUUUCCAUAUCAGUGUUUAACGUCCCCUGAAGCAGCAUUCAGGAGUACAAACACCAACAUUCAUUCAAUUGAUACCAACAUUUGAUUUGGUCCAGGCAACAGAGCAGGGGGGGAGGAGAGGGAACAGUGGGGGUGGGGAGGGGAACAUGAGGAGGAGGGAGAGGGGGAGGGGUGAACAGUGGGGUUGAGGGGAGGAAAGGGGUGGGGUGAGGAGGAGGGAAAGUGUUGGGGUGAGGGGGAGGGAACAGUGGGGUGGGUGGGGGAUGGUGGAGUUGGAGGGGAGGGGACAGUGGGGUGGGGUUGAGGGAGGGAGGAGGGUGGUGGGGGGGGGGAGGGGGUGGGUGGGUUGAUGGGGUGAGGAGGGGAGGGAACUAGUGGGGUGGGGUUGAGGCCGAGGGGGGACCUGUGGGGUGGGGUUGCGGACGGGGCGGCUCGUGGCGUGGGGUUGGGGAGGGGCGGGAAUCGUGGGGUGGGUUGAGGACGAGGGGAGGGAUGUGGGUGGGGUUGCGGAGGCGGGAAUCGUGGGGUGGGGUUGACGGGUGGUAGGACUAGUGGGGUGGGUUUUGCGGCGAGGUCGGGACCUGUGUGGUGGGUUUGCGUGAGGGGGAAUAGUGGGUGGUUGCGGCGAGGGAGGGCAAUCGUGGGUGGGUUGAGGGAGGGUGCUCGUGGGUGGUUGAUGCGGGCGGACGUGGGGUGGGGUUGCGGGUGGGAGUGGGGUCGGGAUGGGGUGGGGUUGCGGAGGGAGGCCGUGGGGGGUGUGGGUUGGGCAAGGGGGGGGGGUGGGUGCGGGGGGGGGCGUUGGGUUGGGUAUGCGGCGGGACGUGGGGUUGGGGCGGGACCCGUGGGUGGGGUUGAGGAGAGGGCGGGACAGUGGGGUGGGGUUGAGGAGGGGGAGGGAACAGUGGGGUUGAGGGGGGGAACAGUGGGGUGGGGUUGAGGAGGGAGGGAGGGCACAGUGGGGUGGGGUUGAGGAACGGGGAGGGAGAACAGUGGGGUUUGAGGAGAGGGGAGGAGACAGUGGGGUGGGUUGAGGAGAGGGGAGGAACAGUGGGGUGGGGUUGAGGCGGGGUGCAGACCAUGGGGUUGGGGGGGAGGGACAGUGGGGUGUGGGUUUUUUUGAGUGGGGAGGGGAGGGACAGUGGGGUUGAGGGGAGGGAACCGUGGGGUGGGGUUGAGGAGAGGGGCGGGAAACAGUGGGGUGGGGUUGAGGAGGGGAGGGAACAGUGGGGUUGAGGGAGGAACAGUGGGGUGGGGUUGAGGAGAGGGGAGGGGAAGAAACAAGUGGGGUGGGGUUGAGGAGAGGGAAAGGGAACAGUGGGGUGGGGUGGGUUGAGGAGAGGGGAAGGAACAGUGGGGUGGGGUUGGGGGUGAGGAAGAGGGAGGAACAGUGGGGUUGAGGUGAGGGAGGGAACAGUGGGGUGGGGUUGAGGAGAGGGGGGGGAACAGUGGGGUUGAGGGAGGGAACAGUGGGUGGGGUUGAGGAGAGGGGCGGGAACAGGGGGGUGGGGGUUGAGGAGAGGGGAGGGAACAGUGGGGUUGAGGGGAGGGAACAGUGGGGUGGGGUUGAGAGAGAGGGUAGGGGAAGGAGACAGUGGGGUGGGGUUGAGAAGAGGGAAGGGAACAGUGGGGUGGGGUUGAGGAGAGGGGAGGAACAGUGGGGUGGGGUUGAGGAGAGGGGAAGGAACAGUGGGGUGGGGUUGAGGAGAGGGGAAGGAACAGUGGGGUUGAGGGGCGGGGAACAGUGGGGUGGGGUUUUGAGGAGAGGGGAGGAACAGUGGGGUUGAGGGAGGGAACAGUGGGGUUGGGUUUGAGAGGGAGGGAACAGUGGGGUUUAGAGAGGGGAGGAACAGUGGGGUUGAGGGGAGGAACAGUGGGGGUGGGUUGAGGAGUAUGGGGAGGGAACAUGGGUGGGUGGGGUUGGGGUGGUGGUUAGGAGAUGUGGAGGGGAGGGAACAGUGGGGUGGGUUUGAGGAGAUGGGGAGGGAACAGUGGGGUUUAGGUAGGGAACAGUGGGGUUGUAGGAUGGUUGGAGUGGGACCGUGGGUGUGGGUUAGGACGGAGGGAGGGACAGUUGGGUUGAGGGAGGAACCGUUGGGGUGUGGUUGAGGAGAGGGUCGGGAACAGAUGGGGUUGCUGAGAUGGAGUAUGGGUGAGGGAACAGUGUGGUAGAGGGAUGGGGAACAUUGGGGUUUGAGGUAGAGGGAGGAACAGUGGGGUUGAAGCAGAGGGAGGGAACCGUGGGGUAAGGGUGGUUGGACAGUGGGUUUCGGUAGUGGGAGUGCAAGUUGGGUUGAGUGAGAAGGGAGGGAACCCAGUGGUUGUUGAUGAGCGGGAGGGACAGUGGGGGUUUUGGUUGAGGAGAGGGGAGGGAAUAGUGGGGUGGGGUUGAGGAGAGGGGAGGGGAGGGAAUAGUGGAUUGGGGUUGAGGAGAGGGUCUGGCUUCCCCUCCCCCAAUCCUAACCUAAACCAAUAGUGGGGGAAAUGCAAAACUGACUCAAGAUCAGCAUCUAAGUGGAAACUUCAGGGCCAGAUUUGGACCAGGCAGGGCCGUAGGAAAGGAAUGUCUCAGGACAGAAUGGCUGAUGGUAGGAGUGCUACCUAGUGUUUACUGUUAGUGGUAGCUGGUAGGGAGAGGGGCUCUUUGGAUGAAAGGGUCUAUUAUCAUUUUUUUAACCAACAAAGCAUAACAGUUCCAAGGCACUCCUUAAAAAUGCUGUAUUGUGGCAUAACUUAAUAGGAAAAAACACCAAAGGUAUUGGACUGUGUGUGUUCUAAGGCCCUCAGUCGGUCAUGUUCUCUGUGAGUACAAGGAGACAGUGCUCUCCACUCUGAUCAGAUCAGUAUCAGGCCAACCAGGAAGUGGUUCUAUUGCACCAGGUUACAUGUUGCUGUGUCUGUCUGCUACACUCACACGUCCCCUGAUCACACUGCUCAAAGGUCAACACUUUGUUAGGCUUUCUAUGUCUGCGACCAAAUUGGCACCCUAUUCCUUAAAUAAGGAAGUAGCCUUGUCCAAGCCAAAACAGUCCAUAGGUCAGGAGCCUAUCGUCUGGUUCUUUAGGCAUCUUGAUGUACUGUAGACUACUCCUGGGCAGGAUGCUAGUCUAUCGCAGGGCCCCAUGUGCCCUGGUCAAAAGUAGUACACUAUUGUAUUAAGGUGUCAUUUCAGAGACAGCCAUUGACUCCAACUCUCCAUUCUCAGACCCAGUGAAAAGUUUUUUCUCUUGGUGCCAGUUGUUUCAUUUGUCCUGAAGGAACUAGUUCUGUUGUUUUGCCUGUGUCGUGGUGAUGUGACGACAGUCAUGGGUUAUAUUAAUAAUUAGUCUAGCCUGGCUUCCCCAACUAGCUGCUCCUUAGGUAACAUUCCUACUCACACUUUGUAGUCCAGUCAUAUAGCCUAGGGGCGUCAGUCUCUAAAUCAGAUAUCUACUGACUGACAGCCUACUCUCCAGUCCUGUGUGAUUGAUCUUAGACUUAGUUGUCUAUGGAUUGUAGAUGGAUCCUUGAUGUUACCCCUUGGGUUACUAAAACACCUCAUAAGUUACAGGAAACCUUCACACAGUGAGUGUGAUGUCGGUACCAGCUGAUAUAUGUCGAUUUAUCACUGAUUGUGGUGGAUCGUUUAUACAGCACACAAAUUGAACCACGUUCACUGAGUCAUGAACAUAUCCUAAUAUGGGUACACUUUAACUGCUGUUAUUUUGGCACAAAAGUGAGAGGCCGAUCACUCCUGAGUGUGUCUGGUGCGUUGCGAGGUGAUCCUGUCCAGUCAGGUCCUGUCUUCUCCUGUCCAGCCAGUUCCUGUCCUGUCAGGUCCUGUCCAGUCAGGUCCUGUCUUCUCCUGUCCAGCCAGUUCCUGUCAAGUCAUGUCCUCUCCUGUCCAGUCAGUUCCUGUCCAGGCAGGUCCUGUCUUCUCCUGUCCAGCCAGUUCCUGUCGAGUCAUGUCCUCUCCUGUCCAGUCAGUUCCUGUCCCGGCAGGUCCUGUCCUCUCCUGUCCAGUCAGGUCCUGUCUGUGAUGUCAGCAUCUGACUGCCUCUGUGUCUCCUUGCAGGAUGUGAAACUGUCAGCCGAAGUGGAGCCGUUUAUCCCACAAAAGAAAGGUCUGGAAGGAGCCCUGGUCACCAUGAGCCUGUCUGGAGGAGAAGGAGGGGGAGGAGGAGGAGGAGGGGGGGUGGAGGAGCCCACCCCUAUCCCCAGC